GCUGUAGACCUAGACUUACCAACAAUACAGGCUAUAAAAAGCUUUAAGGCUGAUCCGAAACCAAAACAGGCUCAAAUCAAUUUAAAGAAACACCUAAAGAAUAGUAACAAUAAGCUACUCAAUAAAUCAAAGCCUAAGCUAUUAUAA